AUGGCUUCUAGCCAGAGCUCCUCUUCUGGUUCCAGCACUCUCACUCGUUGUCACGUAUGUUCCAAACAUUUUCGUUUGCGUCCCGAUGGCGCAUUGGUUAGGCAUGGAGGAAAGGUUAAAGGUUCAGAAUGUUCCGGUUCCCUGGCGAAGCCCAAGAACGGGUCAAAAUGCGCGUCAUUGGGAAACGUUUCCGGUUGCGCCCCCGCCGCCAAUGCGGUCGGCAACGUCUUGAUCAGCAGUGCUGCACCGCAACAGGUUUCUAAAAUCGACAUGGCAGAGAGGUUUUUCAGAAAAUCUGCUAGUUUUUGUUUAAUGGAUCACAUCCCCAAACAUUCAAGAACAAAAUUUGGUCAGACGCUGGCUAAAGUGGUAAAGGAAAUUAUUGAUAAACCCUCUAUUUCAAUCAGUUGGUUCAAAUUGCUCUUUUUGCCAGCAAUGAUCUUGAGGAAAAGUCACCGCGGCGGCAGACGUCAUAAUCCAACUGGACUAAUCAAUCAGAGGAUUGACGAUUUUGGCGGACAAUCCGUCGAGAAGAUGGCUGACUGCUUAGAAUUCGUUAAUAAAUUGGAGAAUAAGAAAUCAGCCGAAUCUAAGUUGAUAUCUUCGGUAAAGUCUAAGAUCGAAAAAGGAAACAUAAAAAAUGCGAUGCAGCUUCUGUCAUCAACGGACACCGUGGCACCUGAUACUGAAGAGACUAUACGUGCUCUAAAGUCUAAACAUCCCACCGCACCCAACAACAAACAGCAAAGUCCCUCCAAGGAAAGUUCAACCCUGUGCGUUACAUCUCAACAAGUACUGGUUUGUUUAAAAACUUUCCCAAAGGGAACAUCAGGUGGCAGUGACGGCCUUACGCCGGAGCAUCUGAAAGACCUCACAUCUUCAAAAACAGAUUCGAUUGAUCUCAUCAACUCAAUCACUGCAUUUAUCAACAUGAUCUUAAAUGGUGAUUGCCCGCCUGAUGUGGCCCCAUACUUUUUUGGCGGAAGGCUGGGGACGCUGCCUAUAUGUGUUGGUGGCCUGGGUUUGGGUUCCGCGGCUGAGCUGGCACCUUCUGCCUUUUUGGCUUCUGCUGCUGCCACGGUGGCCCUCCAGGAUCUGAUGUUGCCGAGGGAUGGGAUUUAUGUCGAUAACUUCAGAAUGCAAGUAUACGACAUGUGGCGCGCCACCAACGGAGAUGUGGCUGGUAUCCCGGUUAUAAAAGAACCCAUGGGUUUGAUAGAGGAAGGAGCCUUUAGGCCUGAUGGUUACACUAUCACCCCAUGGGCUCAGGGACGGUCCCUGGCUUGGGACGUUACCUUACCCCACACUAUGGCUGACCGAUAUAUCGGCUACACUUCAGUUGAGGCGGGCACUGCUGCCCUUAAAGCGUCCGAUUUCAAAAAUGAAAAAUACGAUUCAUUAAACAAUUUAAGCAAAAUAUUUCAACCCAUUUGCAUUGAAACUCAAGGCGGGCAGAAACCGUACCGAGGACUGAAUGGCGCCAGGGAAAUGGCGUCGCAAACGGUUCCCCUGGGGCACCAGGUCCAUCCCCAGGUGUAUUUAAGAAGCCUUGCUUCAGUAACCAGGGCACUGCUGGAGUUGACACAUAUUUCCCGUGGUACUCGUGGGACUAAAAUGAAGACAACAAAACUUACUGGAAAAAAUGGAGACAUCAUUGAUAACAGGGAUCACGCUCAACAAGAAGCACUAGACACAAAUGCUGAAAUGAAGCGAAUAAAUAACUGGGAACAAUUAAGCCAGCUUAUUGAUGGGCUAUUGGAUUUUGUUAAACCAAAAUCAAAUGUUCAUAAAGAGAUUAAAAGUAGGGCGACUAAUAUUGCCAAUCCGAGUGCAAUGUUCUUUCCACCAAUAUCAAGGGUGCGAAACCAAGAUGAAUCAUCAGCAAUAGAUACAGGAGCUGAUGCAGACAGUGAAUCGGCUGUUGACGCUAGAUCUGUCAAGCGAAAAGACCGAACACCUCCAGAAAGUGGGAGCAAAAUAAACAAAUGA